AUGCAUUUUGACAGACCUACGGCAAUGAGAUUUUUUAAUUGUAACAAUCUUUAUGUGAGUGGACUGAAACAUAUAAACAGCCAAAAGAAUCAUGUUUCAAUAAACGGAUGCAAUGGAGUAACCAUUGAAAAACUUCAUAUCAUUGCCCCUGAAAGAAGUCCCAACACUGAUGGAAUUGAUAUAAGCUUUUCCACCAGCAUUCAGAUUCAUAACUGCACAAUAAAAACUGGGGAUGAUUGUAUCGCCAUUAAUGGGGGUACUUCGAAUGUUAACAUAACCCAAGUUGCUUGCGGUCCUGGCCAUGGAAUAAGUGUUGGAAGUUUAGGACAUAAUGGAGCGCAUGAUGAAGUACAAGGAAUACUUGUAAACAAAUGUUGCUUUAAUGGAACUCGAAAUGGAGCAAGAAUCAAAACAUGGCAGGGAGGCUCUGGAUUUGCCAGGAACAUAAGCUUCUCAGACAUAACAUUAAUAGCUGCUGAUAACCCUAUUAUCAUAGACCAGUUUUAUUGCAAUGGCAGAGUAUGCAAGCCAACCAAUGAAUCAGCCGUCCAAGUUAGUGACGUGACAUACACUGGAAUCCAAGGAACAACCGUUUGCAAGAAAGCUACUAUCAACUUCAGUUGCAGCGAUACCGUUCCUUGUACUAAUAUCACCUUGAAUAAUAUCAACAUAACAUCGGCUGCUCCAAAUUCACCACUACAUUCUCGCUGCAUCAAUGCCCAAGUGACAGCUCAUCUAACAGAACCACCA